GACGAGAUGUACGCUUUGGGAUCCAAUUGCAGUCUAUGUCUGGGUUUAGGCGAUACUGUCGGCACUUUUGAGCCCCGAAGAGUCGAUUUGAUGUCCAAAAAGAGUGUCAUUAAAAUAGCGGCCGGAAGUGGUCCACACGUGUGCGCUCUCACGUCCAACGGUGAUGUCUGGUCGUGGGGUCACAACACAUACCAUCAGGUGUUUUGGAACAGCUCCACAAACCCGUCGUCGACGCCGAUUCACGUGACGUCCAAUUUGUUGGGCAAACGAGUUGUGGACAUCAGUUGCGGUUCUUAUCACACGCUGGCGCUCACCGAUGAGGGCGAAGUGUACGCGUGGGGCCAAAACAAUUGCGGACAAAUCGGUUCCGGUUCGACCACUAAUCAGCCGACGCCGCGCAAGAUUACGGCCGGAAUCGGUACGCGGCAAGUGGUGGCCAUCGCUUGCGGACAGAUCUCAUCGUUCGCUGUGUUAGAUACAGGAGAAGUGUUCAGUUGGGGUUAUAAUGGAAACGGACAGUUGGGUUUGGGAACCAAUGCUAAUCAACCGAAUCCAUGUCGGGUGACAAACCUGAACGGAGUGGUCAUCCAAAAGGUGGUGAGCGGUAACGCACACACACUUCUCCUGUCAGACGACGGAACGAUAUAUUCCUUUGGGAGCAAUACUUACGGACAACUCGGCACCGGAAGUAAGUCUAAUCAGACGUCGCCCAUCAAAGUGGCCGCCAAUUUGGGCCGAUUUAUAGACAUCGCUGCCUCGCAUUACAUCCAUAUAUCGGCGGCCAUAACACAGGAUGGAAAGAGCUAUAUGUGGGGCCAAUGCAGGAGUCAUUCAAUUACUCAACCAUUCGAAACGCCGUUGGAGUCAAUGCACGACGUGUUCGCCUCCUUCGCGAUACCAGCCGUUAGCUAUCGAUCGGUAGAGUUAUCGUCGAGUCCUUCAAAUCGAGUACUCGAUAGUCUGUCUCAAGCCUUCGAUGACCAGAAGACCAGUGAUUUUAUAUUUAUUGUGGAGAAAAAGCCAAUUCAUGUCCACAAAGCUAUACUUCGAGUUCGUUGCGAACACUUCCGGUCUAUGUUUGGCAGUAAUUGGGAGGAGAGCUCUAAAGGCGAACUCGAGAUGACUCAAUACUCAUAUCCAGUGUAUUAUGCAUUCCUUCAAUACCUAUACACCGAUGAGGUAGAGGUGGCGCCCGAAGAGGGCAUCGGGUUAUUAGAUUUGGCCAAUUCUUACUGCGAGACUGAUCUGAAGCUGAAGUGCGAGCGUCUCAUACGGAACGGCAUAACCGUCGAGAACGUAGCGAUGCUAUACUCGGCCGCCAUUCGCUUUGACGCCAAAGGACUCGAAGACUACUGUUUUCGGUUCGCUUUGAUUCACUUGACGGCAGUCGUCCAAACGGAUGCCUUCAACCGAUUGGAUGAGACAACUCUCAAGAGUUUCAUAACGAAAGCUGCACUUAACGGAGCGUUCAGACACUGAUUCUCACAUCCAGUCUA